AUGACCGUCAUCCGGCCUGGAUUCCGGCUUCCCGUCGGUCUAGUCAGCCGCACGGCCAAGUCGACAGACGACCAGCUGGCCAGCCGGAAGACCGAACCGACCUCAUCUGUCCCGAAGAAGCGGCACCUGGUCACCAUCACGGUGCCGGACGGCAGCCUGACCAGCUCGGCAGCUAUCUGCGGCCGCAUCCGGCAGCUGGUGCGGGAGCAGGUCAGCCUCCGACGGGCAGCCGCCUGGACACGCCGCAGCACAGCCUAUCGCAGCCGGCUGCAGCCGACAAGGCCGACAUCCCGUGGCCCCAACACCGUCUGCGUCCGCAUGCCGAGCCAUCUGCUCGUUAACCCGGUCGCCAUCGUGCAGCGGUGCAUCAGUGCUGGCGAGUGA